UGGUCUACAAUUUCAGGCGGGCAUAAAAAAUGGAGCUCCGUUCCCACUUUACACACCCCCUUACGGUGGUACUUAGUCGACGUUUGGAGAAAGCGGCGAUCGAUUCCCGAGGUCGCUGUAGGUCACGUUUCUCGCCAUCAUGGCUCACCAAAGAAGAGCCACUAGCGACCCAGAUGGACGCGAUAACAGCACCUCUAAUAACAGCAGCUCCGCUAAAUGCACAGUGGAUCUGUCGUUCCUGGCCGUUGGAUGCAAUCGCGUCGCUCACGCGGCCGCGUGGGGUCCCUCGGGGCUGCUCGCCUUCGCCGCGCACCACGGCGUCGCCAUAUGCGACACUCAGCAAGCGCGCCUGAUAGCUCAGCUGCCCGGCCAUUCAUCCCGAGUCAACUGCUGCCACUGGCUGCCGCAACACCUGCACCUGUUACCUGGCGCCUGUGCUCCUCCUGAGCAUGUGCUUCUGUCAGGCAGCUCAAGUGGCUCGCUGGUGGCGUGGUCGUACCGAGAAGACUCCAAGCAGUGGUGGCAGCAGCAGCAGCUGGCGUCAGCGCACAGCAAGGCCAUCAGCAGCAUGGCUUCCCUGCUGCUGCCACUCCACUUUGACCCUUCUCAAUACGCGCCGCAUGACACACCUCAUCACACGCCUCAACACACGCCACCACGGGCUCUCGUGGUUACCACGUCUGCGGACAACACUGUUGGCGUCUGGGCGGCCAGGUGGCAGAGUGGGACUGGGUCCAUGUCAGCAGGGCCAUGCGGGUCGGGGUUUAAGUUCUCCGUGUUGCUAGAGGAGCGCAUAGAAGUGGGCGGGCUCUGCAUGGAGGCGGCUGCGCUGAGCUGCCUGCCUGGUGCAGGGACGCAUGGCAGCGUGCUGCUUGCUCUUGGGGGGCUGGACAACAAAGUGCACCUCCACACUCGCCCCAUCAUGCCGCACUCGCCCUCGGCGCGCUUCACCAAGGUGUGCGCGCUAUGGGGCCAUCAGGACUGGAUCCGCGCGCUCGCCCUCUCCCUGCCCAUGCGCACUGCGCCCUCUGCUCCUGCUGCAACACCAUCACCACCAGCGGGAAGAGCAGCAGCAGCUUCCGCUUCCCCCAGUGCCCCCCACGUGCUGCUGGCAUCGGCCUCUCAGGACCGCAACGUGCGAGUCUGGAGGAUUGCCCUCACUGCUGCCGCUGGGAGCAGCACUACUGGGAUGAGCGACGUCAGCAAUAACGGCAGCAGAAAGGGCAGUAGCUCGAGUUUUCUAGAGGAGUUUGGGGACCUAGAAGACCACACAGCUGGACCCUGCUUCCAAUCAGGGGGGGACACGUGGCAAGUCAUGCUGGAUGGCCUACUGGUGGGCCACGAGGAUUGGGUGCACUCAGUGACGUGGCAUCCUCCUAUUCGCUCUCGCUGUUCCCUCCCACCAUCUGUCCCUGUCCUCCCUGUUGCCGAGCCUGUCAUCAUCGAGCCUCUUUCUUCAUCCAAGCCUCCCCCAGCCACAUUAUUCCAGCCCCUACGCCUGCUGACGUCAUCAAUGGAUCGCACCAUGCUGAUGUGGCAGCCUGCCACGUGGCAGGGGGCUGGUGGGCUUUGGCUGACAGAUGUCAGCCUGGGAGAGGUCGGGCACUCGGCUCUGGGGUUCUUUGGCGGCGUGUGGUCGCCACGUGGCGACGCGGUAUUGGCCCAUGGGUUUACUGGUAGCCUGCACAUGUGGCGGGACUAUGGGAGGGUGAGAGAGGAGGGGGAAGGGCAGGGGGAGGAGAUGGAGGAGGAGGAGGAGCACAGGGAGGGAGACGACAGAGGGGAAGGGGGGCAGGAGGGGAGGGAAAGAGAAGGAGGGGAGGAGGGAGGAAAGGAGGAGGGCAGAAGGGAGGAGGAUUGGAGGGCGGUGGUGGCGCCAACAGGACACUUUGGACCGGUGAUGGACAUGUGCUGGGAUGCACGGGCGCAGCUGCUGCUGUGCGUGAGCAGUGAACAGACAGCGCGCAUCUUUGUCAACUGGGAGCAGGGUGGGGGAGCAGCCGGGGAUGCAGCGGGCGAGCGGCGGUGGGGAUGGCACGAGACAGCUCGCCCGCAGGUGCACGGCCAUGACCUCAAGUGCGCCGCCUUCUGCCCGAGCCUCAGGCUCGGUGAUGGCCCGGAUGGGAGCGGAGGGUGGGAUUGGAGAGGGGGCUCGGCUGCAGUUGGCGGGGCUGGUGGGGAGGGGCCAGAAUUAGGAUGGUCAAGUGGAGGGGCAGAGCGGUCACAGGAAGGAGCGGAGGGGUUGCAGGAAGGAGCGGAGGGGUUGCAGGAAGGAGCGGAGGGGUUGCAGGAAGGAGCGGAGGGGUUGCAGGAAGGAGCGGAGGGGUUGCAGGAAGGAGCGGAGGGGUUGCAGGAAGGAGCGGAGGGGUUGCAGGAAGGAGCGGAGGGGUUGCAGGAAGGGGAUGGGCUGGUGUAUGUGAGUGGGGCGGAGGAGAAGGUGCUGCGGGUGUUUGAGUCGCCCCAGCUGUUCCUGGACACCCUGUGGUGCACUCACUCUCACACUGCCACGGGCGCUUGCAGUGGGAAGGAGGGGGGAGAUGCGAGGCAGGAGGGUGGCAGAGAGGGAGGGGCAGCAGUGGCGGCAGGAGGGAAGGGCGUUGCCAUGGCAGCCAGCAUGUCGGCUCUGGGUCUAUCGCAGAAGCCCAUCUACUCCAGUGCUGCUAGCGCCACCAGCGACCCGUCGUCCACCUUCGCCUCGUCCCUUGGCUACUCCCAAUACGGGGAUGCUGAGGAUGGGUUGUCAGUGCCGCCCGCCGUGCUGCAGGAGCCGCCCAGAGAGGAGCAGCUGGUGGGCGGCACGCUUUGGCCAGAAGUGAGGAAGCUGUACGGGCAUGGCAACGAGAUCCUGUGUUGCGCUGCCGACCACACAGGAAGGUUCCUGGCAACUGCCUGCAAGGCCCAGUCCCUUGAGUUCGCAGCAAUCUGGCUCUGGCACACCUCCACCCCAUCCCACCCAUCCCACCCAUCCCACCCAUCCCACCCAUUCCACCCAUCCACCUCCUCCACCUCCUCUUCAUCAUCCGCCUCUCCCCCAGCCCCCUGGACGCCAGCAGCGCGCCUGUCCGCGCACACGCUCUCAGUGACCCAGCUCGAGUUCUCUCCCUGCGACUCGUUUCUCCUCUCCGUCUCCCGCGACCGCCACUUCUCCCUCUUUGCUGCCACUCAAGCUAAUCACUCCGCUGCUCCGGGUAGUUCUGCUGCUGCCGAUACUGCCCCCUACCAUCUGGUUUCUCGGAUGGAAGCACACAAGCGCAUCAUCUGGGCUUGCUCCUGGGCCCCCUUGGGUCGCAUCUUCGCCACUGGGUCACGAGACAAGAUGGUCAAGGUGUGGCAAGCCAUCGAACAGACACCGGCUGUAGCCGUCCCAUCCUCCACCUCCCCCACUCGACCCACCUCCUCACCCACCCCCUACUCCACCACACUUCUCGCAACCCUCCCCAUGUUCCCUCACCCAGUCACUGCUGUGGCUUGGUCCCCUCGCCUCCCAUCCCUCCCUCCUGCUCCUCCACCUCUUGCACAACCCUCCACUACUGACUUCCCUGCUGCUCCUGCAACUGCCACCGCUGCUCCAGCUCCAGCUCCUGUUCUUUGCUCUCUCCUCGCAGUCGGCUUAGAAAACGGAUUAAUACAGGUGUGGAGUGCAGAUCUUUCCCCUUUUGUUGCAAGUGGCAAGGCGCAUGCUGCUGCACCCAGUUCUACCACAUUCCAUCCCUCGGCACCUCCCUCCACCGCACCCCACCCGUCACCUUCUCCAGCCAAGCUCCAGCUACAGCUUUUGGUGACUUUCAGUGACAUUCAUUGCCACCUGGCAGCUGUUCAUAGGCUGCGAUGGCGAGGGGAGGGUGGGAGGGGACAUAGCAGGGCAGGAGAGACGAGGGUUGAGGAUAGUAGGGAGGCGGGCGUAGAAAAGGGGAAAGGAAGCUGCUUGGAGCUAGCCUCCUGUUCAGACGACCAUUCUGUAAGGUUGUUUCAAAUCAACGCGCAUGCUGUGUAACAACGACACUCUUUCUUUAUCUUGUUAUAUUUCCUAUCCUACCU